UGCUCUGCAACACCUCGUAACGCAUCCCUUGUGUAGUUUACAAACCUGUGUUGAUUAUAGUAAAUGUAAUUAAUCCAGUCUACAUUUUUGUUCACAGUGAUUAUAGAAAGGAUAGAUUCAAAGCCCGCAGCGACUUGAUUCCUGGCUUUGAACUCAUCAGGGACCCCUCUUGGGACCCCUAUUGUGUCUUUGUAUACAUGUGGAUCGAAGAUACCUGCAGGAAAUCACAGUAAGAACUGUGAGGGAAAUGUCUUAUCUGUGAAUUAUAAAGUAGAAGAUGGACCGAUUGUGGUGCGCUCCUCAGGAGAAGAUGGAGAGAUCAUGGAGCGCUCCUCAGGAGAAGAUGGAGAGAUCAUGGAGCGCUCCUCAGGAGAAGAUGGAGGGAUCAUGGAGCGCUCCUCAGGAGAAGAUGGAGAGAUCAUGGAGCGCUCCCCAGGAGAAGAUGGAGAGAUCAUGGUGCGCUCCUCAGGAGAAGAUGGAGAGAUCAUGGAGCGCUCCUCAGGAGAAGAUGGAGAGAUCAUGGAGCGUUUCUCAGGAGAAGAUGGAGAGAUCAUGGUGCGCUCCUCAGGAGAAGAUGGAGAGAUCAUGGUGCGCUCCUCAGGAGAAGAUGGAGAGAUCAUGGAGCGCUCCUCAGGAGAAGAUGGAGAGAUCAUGGUGCGCUCCUCAGGAGAAGAUGGAGAGAUCAUGGAGCGCUCCUCAGGAGAAGAUGGAGAGAUCAUGGUGCGCUCCUCAGGAGAAGAUGGAGAGAUCAUGGAGCGCUCCUCAGGAGAAGAUGGAGAGAUCAUGGAGCGCUUCUCAGAAGAAGAUGGAGAGAUCAUGGAGCGCUCCUCAGGAGAAGAUGGAGAGAUCAUGGAGCGCUUCUCAGAAGAAGAUGGAGAGAUCAUGGAGCGCUCCUCAGGAGAAGAUCUCCUUACACCUAAUGUCCAUCCAGAUCUAUCCUAUAAUAAUCCCCCUGAUUAUGGGGAACCUUCUCCUGACCAACCACAAAUUCUUACCACAAGGACAGAGAAGAGAGGGAGGAAAAGGAUUCAGUGUGAUGAAUGUGGGAAAGAGUUUUCAAAAAGAUCAGAUAUUGUUAUACACAGAAGAAUUCACACAGGAGCAAAGCCUUAUUCAUGUUCUGAAUGUGGGAAAUGCUUCCGAAGUAAAUUAAAUCUUUCUAUUCAUAAGAGAAUUCACACAGGAGAGAAAUUAUUUACAUGUUCAGAAUGUGGGAAAAGUUUUACAUAUAAAUCGCAUCUUGUUGCACAUGAAAGAAUUCACACAGGAGUGAAGCCAUAUUCAUGUUCAGAAUGUGGGAAAUGUUUCACUCACAAGUCACAUCUUGUGACACACGAGAGAAUUCACACAGGAGAAAGGCCAUAUUCAUGUUCAGACUGUGGAAUUUGUUUUACACAUCAAUCAAAUCUUGUUACACAUGAAAGAAUUCAUACAGGAGAGAAACCGUAUUCAUGCCCAGAAUGUGGGAAACGUUUCACAAGGAAAUCGGGUCUUGUUAAACAUAAAAGGAUUCACACAGGAGAAAAGCCGUAUUCAUGUUUAGAAUGUGGGACUUGUUUUACAAAUCUAUCAAAUCGUAUCAUGCAUGAGAGAAUUCACACAGGCGAGAAGCCAUAUUCAUGUUCUGAAUGUGGGAAAUGUUUUGCAGAUAAAUCAAAUCUUGUUAACCAUCAGAGACGUCACUCAGAAAUGAAGCCUUAUUCAUGUUCCGAAUGUGGAAAAUGUUGUACAAAUAAUUAAAUGUUGUUAUACAUGAGACA